CCUGGAGAAGGCCUGUACGGACAAACAGGAUGUGAUAGACUCGCUCCGGGAGGACGUGAAGCAAAUGAGGGAGGAGUUCGACAAAUACCGGUGCGAUUUGGAGAAGAAGUUGGCCGACACGGCCGAGACUACCGGCGCUCUCCAGGAGUUGGGCACCGAUUUGGACCGACAGCGCAAACAGUGUCACGACGUGGAGGACGAGAACCAGUCCCUCAAAGACGACAACCGACACCUCCGACAGAAAGUCGAGGAAUUGCGCGAUGAUAUCGAGGCUCUGGACAAACGGCACCGGGAAGUGCUCCAGGAGUUCGAGUACGAGUGCGAGCGCCUGUCGGGCAAAGCCGAGUCGGCCGCCCAGUUGGCCGACGAUAGGGAACGACAGCUCCGUGACGUGGAAGAGCAGCAACAGGUGGCGAUCGAUGUGUUCAGACGUCAGGCCGAUGUGGAGAAGCGACAACUGGAGGCCACACUCAAUGAACUGGAGGUUAGAGUCCGCGAGUCUAUUCUGGAGAACGCCCGGCGCCGCGAUAGGUCGCCCUCACCGGGACGGGAGGGUAGCGAUGGUUACGAACAACAGAUCGAGUUCUUAAACUCAGUUAUAGUGGAUAUGCAGAAAAAGAAUGAUGAGCUCCGGUGUCGGGUACAGGUGCUCGAGGAGAUCGGUUUGGACGAAUUUGACUCGAGUUUCCACCAAACGGUGACCAACGGAGGGAACGGUAGCCCCACUACUCCUCGCCGUACUAACGGACACAUACGGGCGCCGCGAAAAUUCUGCGACAUUUGCGAUGUGUUUGACUCACACGAGACGGAGGACUGUCCGCAACAGUCGGACGCCUAUCAGGAGACGACUGCCCACUCGUACUACAGGGCCUCCCGCACAGAGCACCGGCCCUAUUGUCUACAGUGCGAGAAGUUUGGACACAACACAGAGCACUGUCCCGACGCCGAGACCUUUUGAGGGCACCUGUAUGUCAGACAAUCCUAAUGGCCAUUCAAAUCAUGCAAGUAGUGGUCAAUUGCCAUACCGUCCCUCACACGGGAUUCCUAACCACUGAAUCGCACCUGUAUUUCAUAUACUCUUUGUCUAUGUGUAUUAGUUUUUAAUGUCUAAAUACCUGUGCUAUAGCGGCACAGGUAUGUCAUAAUUGUGUAAACCUUAACCUAAGAGAUACCCUAUUUUUAGACCCAUUUUUCAAACGGAGUUUUUAAUGAAUAGAAAAGUCUUUUUUAAUUGAAUGAAAUUUUUUAGUCAAAACAAAACAAAACUUAAAUAUUUUUGUGGAUUUGAUUUUUAUACGAGUU